AUGGGCGGAUUCGGUCAAUUUUGGAGCGAGGUCCAACUGACCGAAACUCAAGAAUUUUUGUUAAGGUGCAACCUUUUCUUUGUGGUUAUUGGACAACUUUUUGUCAAUGAUCGGGCGGCCAAGCGUCUUAACCCCUACACCAUCGGCAUUGUACGAUUUUCUGUUGAAGAAGUUAGAAAUGUGUACGGUUCAUGUCACGCGACACAAAAGUUCAACCAACCGGAAGCCUUGUUCAAGUACAACGUCAUCCAAUCAUCAUUCGACGAUCCUGUGACGUCAUCAUUAUCCGGCAAUCUCUCGGCUGCUGAUGAAGUGUUGAAAUUAUUGACGUCGCAUGGAAGACUGGAAGAGGUGGUUGAGGGGAUUUUAAUAAUGAUGAACUAUCAGGUGCAAAUGGAAAACAUCGUACUCACCACUGCCAUGGUAUGGUCAUUACAACUAAUUAACAUUCGAACGGCAAAACCUAAAUGCAGGCAGACUGAAAUGAGUGACCACGCAUUAGCGAGACUUGGUCUUCUGCGAAUCUCUGACCAAACGCAUUUCGACCUGAAGCAUUCAUCCAUCAAGACGAAUAUGCCCUAA